AUGAGCCCCAUCGCGAGCUCUUCCACCGCCGCCUGGCCACCCAAGCGGCCAUCGCAGCGAACGAAAUUAAGGAACGGAACCUUUAUCGUCCCCAGAACCGGCGAACGAUCGAGACAGGAGUUUUCCUUGCGCACUUCAACCAACCUCAAUACCAAUUCAUCCUCCCGCUACGAAUCCCUCGAGUUCGCCGAUACGAUCCAAGAACGCCUAAAGAUCAUCGCGCAUAACAUCAAGAUUGCCGCCAUCGCAGCUUGGGCAUGGCUGCAGACCGACGAAGGCCAUGGCGUCCUCAAGUGCACCCUCGCCUAUGUCUUGGGUAGCAUGGGCACUUUCUUCCCACCGCUGUCGAAUUUCCUGGGCAACAGAGAUGGAAAACACGUCACGGCGACCUUGACUGUUUACUUCCACCCCGCUCGGACGGUCGGCUCAAUGCUUGAGGCCGUUCUCAUUGCCAUUGUCGCCGUGAUAUAUGCUGAGGUGGUUUCGCUCCUCUCCAUGGGGAUUGCCAUUCUAUUUCGAGCCCAACUCGGCAUCACAGCGGCUGCCCAUGCCCUCGUACUGAUCGUUUGCAUUGGCGCAGGGCUCGGUUUCGUGGGUUGGGUUAAACAGAAGCUCAACAACCCCUUGGUCAACGUGGGUACGACGUUGUGCUCGAUUGCCAUAAUCUCCGUCAUCACCAAAGAGGAAUCUGUCCAAGGCGGAUACUUCUCCGCUGACAAGAUUGUUCAAAUGGUCAAGAUGCUUGGUAUUGGAAUUACCUUCACUGUUGCCGUCAAUGUGCUCGUCUGGCGGAUAUCAGCAAGACAUGUGCUGCGAAAAUCCAUCAUGACGGCAGCAACAUCCUUAGGCGACAAGUUGUCGUCCAUCACGAAAGGUUUCCUCUCUGGAGCUGAGGACGAACUCUGGUCCUCCGAAUACUCGCGCGUAUCAUCGCGGUACAACGGCGCAUACGCCACAAUGAGCAGAGUUCUACGAGAGGCAAAAUUCGAGCAUUACUUUUUUGGUCGAGAAUCGACAUAUCGACUUGAUAGGCGCCUUGUCAGAUCUAUAGAAGGACUCUCUCAAGCUGUUGGUGGUUUGCGAAGUUCCCUCGAGACCCAGUUCGCCCUGCUGAGGGAGGUCCCACAUUUUGGGGACCAUGUAGGAACCCUCUCAUCUUCUUCCUCAAUGAUUUCUCCUACUUUCACCCGCGGAACCGUUUCUUUCUUCGAUGACUCCUCAGACAGGCUGGCUGUGAUCGAGGAGUCCGGCGAGAGCGAGGAAGAACGUCGGAUGAAAGCCAAUAAGUCCGAUUCUGCUUUGGAUAGGGGUCCUGUUUUCCAGGCGCCAUCGGACAUCUUUGCCGUUUUCAUUGAACUUUUGGGACCAUCUAUCAAGUCUCUUGUUCAUACCUUGUCAGAGAUCCUCCGAGAGCCUGCAUUCGGUAAGGAUCCUAAUGCAGAUAUUACCGUCAAUGAGCAAUUGCGAGAGAGCCUUCGGGAUGCACUCAAUCUCUACAACAGUGCUAGAGCCGACUCUUUGCAGGAGCUGUACCGCAUCAUCGAACUGGGAUGGGCAAGAUCCGAGAAGAUUCAAGCUGAUAUCGAAGAGGUAGCGGCUGCUUGCGGGCACUUCUCGUUCAGCUUACAGGCCGUCGCUGAAGAGACAGACGCCUACCUGGAUGUCCUGGAGGAUUUGAAAUAUACCACAGAGACCAGUUCAAGAUCUUGGUGCUGGCUUAAGUUCUGGCAGUAUCUACCGUCUAGAGGAGCCAAAAACUACCCCCUGGAUGACCCAGAAACCGAGAGCCUGAUUCCGAAGCCACCUGUGCCAAGGCUUCGCAAAUCACAAGUACCCAAGGGCAUUCCCGAUACAAUGGUCAAGCGGAGGGACACGUUCAGCUGGGACGCAGCGCCGCAAGCUAGCAAAUUCAAGCGAGCAUUUUCCCAAAAGUUGCUCAACGCUUCGCGAUUUGUGGUUCGAGAGGACAUUCUGUUCGGUAUCAAGGUUGGAAUUGGCGCUCUUCUCUGGGCAAUGCUCGCCUUUAUCCCCUCCACAAGGCCCAUUUAUCAGACAUGGAGAGGCGAGUGGGGUCUCCUUUCCUUCAUGAUUGUCGCCGGUAUGACAACCGGCGCUGCGAACACUACAGGGACAGCCAGAUUCAAGGGAACGCUUGUCGGUGCUGCCUGUGCCAUCACGGCGUGGACUGUCAGCCAGGGAAAUGCGAUUGCUCUCAUAUUUUUGGGCGGUCUCGUCGCUUUCUGCAACUUCUACUGGAUCCUGGCUAUAAAAAAUGCGCCCCUUGGAAGGAUUGCCCAACUGUCGUAUAAUGUGAGCACUCUGUAUGCCUACAGCUUAUCGCAGUCAGUUGACGACGAUGACGAUGAUGAAGGUGGUUCGAAUCCUUUGAUCUUCGAUAUUGCCUUCCAUCGAGUUGUGGCAGUGACGCUUGGCUCUUGUGGCCCAUCUCAGGCCGGCGGAAGUUCCGAGAAGGUCUUUCCGUCCUCUAUUUGCAAAUGGGUCUUAUUUGGAAGCGAGGGCCUCUUACAGUCUCCCUCCAGAGCAACAAUACGGUGGAUUACAUGCGAGAAGGCGAGCAAGCUGCCCUGCAGCGCUAUGGUAACCUUCAAGCUCGACUCUCUACGAACCUCGGCAAAUUCCGAAUUCGAGCUUAGGGGCCCCUUUCCGGAUGCUUCCUACGCCCGUAUUAUGCGCUCUACUAAGCAUAUCCUCGACGGCUUCUACGCCAUGCGUCUGAUCACACAAAAACGCAGCACGCUUUCUGAGGGCGAGCGAGCUUUGCUUGAGUUCACAUCCAUCGAGAGGAAGCGCCUCUGCGAGCGCAUUAGCCACGUUUUCCAAGUCCUGGCCUCGUGUAUCAUGCUCGAAUACCCCCUGACUGACGCCAUCCCAACCGUCGAAAACAACAAGGAUCGCCUCCUGGGCAAGAUCUACCAGUUCCGCAAGGACCACAUGGGAGCGGAGCUCCAUGGAAUUGGCCCCGUCGUUGUGGUUGAGGAGAAGGAUUAUGCACUGCUGUACGCGUACACGCUUGUGACGCUCCAGGUUGCGGCGGAGUUGAACAAGGUGCGGAAUGAGAUUGAGGGAUUGUUUGGUGUUCUACACGAAGAGUCUCUGUUGUUACAAUAA